GCAGAGCGGCAGCGGCGGCGGCGGCAGCGGCGGGGCCAUGCCGUACGCCAACCAGCCCACGGUGCGCAUCACCGAGCUGACGGACGAGAACGUGAAGUUCAUCAUCGAGAACACGGACCUGGCGGUGGCGAAUUCCAUCCGGAGAGUGUUCAUCGCGGAGGUGCCCAUCAUAGCCAUCGACUGGGUCCAGAUUGAUGCCAACUCCUCUGUGCUCCACGAUGAAUUCAUUGCACACAGGCUGGGUCUCAUCCCUCUCACCAGCGACGACAUCGUGGAUAAGAUGCAGUACUCCAGAGACUGCACCUGCGACGAGUUCUGCCCGGAGUGCUCGGUGGAGUUCACCCUGGACGUGCGCUGCAACGAGGACCAGACGCGGCACGUCACGUCCCGGGACCUCAUCUCCAACAACCCUCGAGUCAUCCCGGUCACAUCUCGCAGCAGAGACAAUGACCCCAAUGACUACGUGGAGCAGGAUGACAUCCUCAUCGUCAAGCUGCGGAAGGGGCAGGAGCUGAGGCUCAGAGCCUAUGCCAAGAAGGGCUUUGGCAAGGAGCAUGCCAAGUGGAACCCCACAGCUGGUGUAGCCUUUGAGUACGACCCUGACAAUGCCCUCAGGCACACUGUGUACCCUAAGCCAGAGGAGUGGCCCAAGAGUGAGUACUCAGAGAUCGACGAGGAGGAUGCGCAGGCUCCCUACGACCCCAACGGCAAGCCAGAGAGGUUCUAUUACAAUGUGGAGUCCUGCGGCUCCCUGCGCCCUGAGACCAUUGUCCUCUCGGCGCUCUCCGGCCUGAAGAAGAAGCUCAGCGACCUCCAGACCCAGCUGAGCCACGAGAUCCAGAGUGAUGUCCUCACCAUCAACUGAGGUGGCCUCUUGUCAGCCGGCGCUGAGCUGGGAGCGAUGCAGGAGCCCGGCAGGGACAGAGGCUUCUGCCUCCUCCAUCUCCCUCUGCCGCUGCAGGCGGCGCUGGCUCCUCCCCGCGCAGUGCCACUGCGGUGUGCAGAGGGUGAUGCUGGAAGGGUCUUGGUGAGCAUCUCCGGUGCCCCCCAGUGGUCCCAGAGCUCUGGCUUCUGGCCCAUGUGAGGCAUUUGGGGAUGGGGAGUGUGUUCCUCACUUAACCCCACCUGGUUUGCCCUGGCUCUUCUUAACUGUGCUGAAUAAAGCCUUUAGCCCUCCCA